UGAGAGAGUUAAAUAAGGAGGGGGGUGGUGUAAAGAGUAAAAAACCUCCCACUCCUGUGAGCGCUCCUCUUUCUCCUGUGCAUUUCGGAGUGGAGUGAGUGUGUGUGACCAACUCUGGAGAGAAACAGACAGACGACCUGAGGAUGAAGCUAGUGUUUGUGGCUGUGUUCGCGCUCUGUACGCUCAGCUCUGUGGAUAGAGUGGAUUCUUCAGCCUACGACAAGAUUGUGACACACAGUCGUAUCCGGGCCAGACUCCAGGGACCCAAUGUGUGUGCCAUGCAGCAGGUGAUGGGGACCAAGAAGAGGAAGUACUUCAGCACAUGUAGGACCUGGUAUAAAGGCUCUAUCUGUGGGAAGAAGACGAUGGUUGUCUAUGAGUGCUGUCCAGGCUACAUGAAGCUGGAAGGCAUGAAAGGAUGCCCUGCAGUGGCUCCUAUAGACCAUGUGUAUGGCACAUUGGGCCUGGUGAAGGCUAGGACAACCCAGAAGUACUCAGCCCUCUCUAAGCUGAGGGAAGAGAUUGAAGGGAAGGGAUCGUUCACUAUGUUUUCCCCUAGUGACGAAGCCUGGGACCUGCUGGACCCUGAGGUGCUUGGUGCCUUGGUGAGCAACGUGAACAUUGAGCUGUACAACGCCCUGCACUAUCACAUGGUCAACCAUCGCAUGCUAACGAAAGACCUGAAGAAUGACAUGUCUAUCACCUCCAUGUACAACAACCAAGGACUCUACAUCAAUCACUACUCAAAUGGGAUCGUCACGGUGAACUGCGCCAGGAUUAUCCAUGGUAACCAGGUGGCUACCAAUGGAGUGGUUCAUGUCAUCGACCGUGUCAUCACUAACGUGGUCAACACCAUACAGGACGCCCUGGGAGUUGAUGACGACCUCUCCUCCUUCAGCGCUGUAGCUUUGGCCUCAGGUGUGAUGGAAAAACUGGGCCAGCCAGGUCACUUCACCCUGUUCGCUCCCACCAAUGAUGCCUUCAACAACCUUGAGGUAGAAGCUUCCUGGAACGCAUUAUGGGAGACAAUGCUGUUAUCGCAG